AGGGCGGGCGGUGGAGCCGCCCCUGCGCGAAGCCGUCCGCGCACCCUCCAUCGCCUCCCGCGAACACUCCAUCCCCCCGCAGACAUUCCACCCCUCUGCGCAUCCUUCCAUCCCCUCCCGCCAACACUUCAUCCCUCCCCGCGCACCCUCCGCCCUCUGCGCACCUUCCAUCCCUCCCCGCGCACCCUCCACCUCUGCGCGCCCCCCAUCCUUCCGCGCACUCCUUCAACCCCCGCUCCCCCUCCAUCCCCCCGAGCACUCGUCCGCCCCUCCGCGCAUCUCUCCACGCAUUCCUCCGUCCCCCCGCGCACUCCUCCGUCCCUCCGCGCAUCACUCCGUCCCCCCUCCGCGCACCCUGCGCCUGCCCCCGCGCCGGCAGGGCCGCUCCUGCGCGGGGAUGGCGGAGCGGCCGCGCUUCCUCUGCGGCGUGGUGGAAGGUUUCUAUGGGAGACCGUGGUCAAUGGAUCAGAGAAAACUUCUUUUUCAAUGGCUGCAACGCCAGGGGCUGAACUGCUACAUGUACGCGCCCAAGGAUGAGCUGAAGCACCGGCUGCUCUGGAGAGAGCCCUACACAGAGCAUGAGGCAGCCCGCAUGCAGUCUCUCAUCGAAGCUGCCCAAGAGCAGGGUGUGGAGUUUAUUUUCGCCAUUUCUGCUGGCCAGGACAUGGUGUUUUCCAGCGCCGGGGAUCGGCUCCUGCUGCAGCAAAAACUCAGGCAGGUGGCUGCCAUGGGGUGCUGCUCCUUCGCGCUGCUCUUUGACGACAUCGACCCCUGCAUGUGCCAAGCUGACAGAGAUGUCUUCCCCUCCCUGGCACAGGCUCAGGCCUCUGUGGCCAACGAGGUCUACCAGGAGCUGGGCCAACCCUCUGUCUUCCUCUUCUGUCCUACAGAAUACUGCAGCUCGCUCUGCUCUCCCAGCCCCAGCCAGUCCUGCUACCUGCAGACCAUCGGCCAAGAGCUGCUCCCAGGGAUCGGUGUCAUCUGGACAGGCCCAAAGGUGGUGUCACAGGAGCUCUCAGCAGUGCUGCUGGAGGAGGUGGAGGCUGUCCUGAGGCGCUGUCCCGUCAUCUGGGACAACCUCUACGCCAACGACUAUGACUGCAGACGUGUCUUCCUGGGCCCUUACAUGGGGCGUGCUCCUGGCCUCAUGUCCAGGCUCCACGGGCUGCUCCUCAACCCCAACUGUGAGCUCCAGGCCAACUUCAUCCCCAUACACACACUGGGCACCUGGUUUCGGAGCGAGCUGGGGAGCUGUGCCCACCCUGACCACGCAGGAAUGGAGGCAGUGGCAGCCCUGGGGGACAGCCAAGGUGCUCAGGAUAGGAGCUACAGCCCCCAGGAAGCCUUGGAGCUGGCGCUGUGUGACUGGGUGGCCGAGAUAAACCAGCAGGCCUUGGAGCCAGGAGGAAGGACCCCAGGACACCCCAGUGUCAGCCUCAAGGGAGGACCAAGGCUGCAGCCUGGCACAGAGCGAGGACAGGAGGUCACUCCCGACCCUCAGCCCCACGACUCUGCUCCCGGUGGGGCAGAUCAGCACAGCCCCAAGCCCUGUGGAGUGGCACCAGAGGAGGGGUGCAAGGAGGUGACCUCGGAGCCUGAGAAGGACAGCGGGAGCAGGACACCCACUGGCGGUCAGCAGGGCCCUACAAGGGCUGGGGACCAGCUCGCCACGGAGAGUGGGGAGAGCUGUGAGCCCUCCUCUGCUCUGCCCAGUGUGGCUGGGAGUGCCCAGUCUGCAGGAAUCCCAAUGGCCACUGAGACCCCCCCCAGUCCAGGCCCCACCACGAGCUCCAGCAACGGGGCCACCACCAGUCAGAACAUUUCCUCGCCCACCAGUGAUGCCAGGACAGGGAGUGCCAGCCCCGCCCAGUCUCUGAGCAGCACCCAGCCUGAGGCCAUCAGGACUGAUGUGCCCCAGACACCCCCAGGGCCUGAGGUUGGUGACAGCCCUGCCCUCCCAGCCCCACUGACUGAUGAGGUUGGUGCUAGCCCUGGUCCCAUGGCACCAGUGACCCCAGAGGAGGCUGGGUCUGGCCCCAUGGCACCACUGACCCCGGAGGAGGCCAGGACCAGCCCCACAUCACAGAUGACCCCAGAGAAGGCCAGGACCAGCCCCAUGGCACCAGUGACCCCAGAGGAGGCCAGGACCAGCCCCAUGGCACCACUGACACCAGAGGAGGCUGGAUCCAGCCCCAUGGCACCAGUGAGUCCAGAGGAGGCUGGGUCUGGCCCUGUGACCCCCAAGGAGACCAGGACCAGCCCCACAUCACAAGUGACCCCAGAGAAGGCCAGGAUCAGCCCCGUGGCAUUGGUGACCCCAGAGGAGGCUGGGUCUGGCCCUACGGCACUGAUGAUCCCAAAGGAGGCCAGAUCCAGCCCCACAGCACCACUGACCCCAGAGGAAGCCGUGUCCAGCCCUACAGCACCACUGACCCUGGAGGAGGUGCGGAUGCUGGUGGAGCUCUUCUACCUGCCCUACCACCAUGGAGCUCUGGCACAGGAUCUCCUGGAGCACUUUCGGUGGCUGCGGGCAAACAGCCUCAGCGUGGGGGUCCCAGCCACGGCACCCGAUGCCUGCGGGGGCACGCAGUGGCGAGGCCGGGCUCAGUCCUUCCAGCUGCUCUGCGCACGAACGUGCCGCCUGCACAGCCGCUUCGUCAGCACCGCUGGCCGGGCGCUGCUCUACGACCUGCACCCCUACCUCUGGGACAUCCGCAACAUGCUGCUGGCCGCCAGUGCCUUUGUCCUCUGGCUGGAUGGUCACCUGCUCUGCGACCCCGACCCCAAGGGCACCUGGGGGAACUGCUUUGGCUGGUGCCAGAGUAUCACUGCCCCGAUCCUGCUGGGGAGGGACGCCGAGCCCUGGGCACGUCGUGGGGGCCUCUUUGGAGAGCUGCAGGCACUGCUGCCUGUGGGGAACAGCUGUGACCUCUUCUACCAUCCACCCCCGCUCUUCCCAUCCAGCCAGCUGUACCUCCUGCGCCCGCUGCUGCCCCUGGACAAGGGAGAGCUUUACCGCAUGUGCCGGGAGAGUUUGGACUGUGAUCCCAAAGUGGCAGAGAUCCUCGUGGCCCACCCGGAUCUCCUCGGUGACAGACUCCUGGGCAGCUUCCUCAGCCUGAGCCCCGAGUACACCUUUGUGCUGGAGGAUGAGGGUGGCCCGUGUGGCUAUGCAGCCGGAGCGCUCCACGCCGAGGGCUUCCUGCAGCAGCGAGACAGCAGCUGGCUGCCGGCCAUACGGCACAAGUACCCCCCAGACCUGGGCGCAGGUGGCCCAGCUCUGGGACAGGAUGCCCUGGAGGAAGCAGUGGUCUUCUUCCAUGCAGAGCCACUGGCUGUGCCCCAGCCCGUGCUGAGACGUUUCCCCUCCCUGGUACAGCUGGGCACGGCCCCCCGCGUGCUGGACGUGGGGGCCAGUCGCAGCCUGGCCCUCUGCCUGCUGAGCGCACUCAGGGCCAACGGGUCACGGGGAGUGUUCUGCCAGGUCAGUGACACCGACCGGCAGCAGCUGAGCUUCUACAGCAAACUGGGCUUUGUCGCCCUGCCGGUGGCCUGGGGCAGCUCUCCCGGCACUCAGCUCCUGGGACGUCUCCUCUGAUGGGGCACAGAGAGCCAGUGCCCCAGGACAGGCUGGUUCCCCAGGCCAGGCUGACCGCCCAUCCCGCACAGCGUCGGCCUGAGCAAGCGGGAACAGAGGGGCACCUCGAGCAGACCAGGUACAAGUGAGAGGGGACACAGCCUGGGGGUGAGCAGGAUGUCACUGGGAUGUGUGCAGGGCUGUGAGGUACCUGGGUAGCAGAGAGCUAUUUCUGCCACUCAGGGGAUUGGGCCACCUCUGUGCCACCCCAACUGGUCCUGUUUGCUGGGUACCCUCCACCUUUGCUGGGGAGCCAGGCUGUCUGCAGGCCCCCAGGCCUGCGGGAGCCCAUGGGCAGUGUCUGGGUUGGUGGUCCCGGAGCACAGCACGGUGCCUUAGUGCUACGGGAGUGUCCCUGUCACGCAGGCUGGGCUGCCCAGCUCUCUCCAUCCCCUGUGUGGCCUGAGGCUGAUGCUGGGGCUGGCUCUCAGCACCGAGGACCUGCUUGUCCGUAAUGGAUUGAUCUGGUAUGGGAUUCGGUGAGGCAGCCUCUAUUUUUGUGCCUGGGGGCUGAGGGAAGCGCUGUCCUUGGCAAUAAAGCGUUUGCUGGGCUCUCA